UUAAAAUAUUGUCAUUAUAAUUUAUGCAUUACAUUAUGUAUGUAUGAAAUUGUAUACUUACUCCUUUUAAAACAUAACAUGCUUUGUUCAGAAAAAUAAAACAUAACAUGUUCCAAAGGAGUGGACACUAGCAUACUCCAAUUUUCAACUUUCUCUCAUGUCUUGUCUCUUCUCAUUUACAAGUCCUAGUUUUCCUAUAUAUAUAUCUCUUUUAUUUUGUCUCUUCUUACCAACAACUGUAAUUCUAUUUCUCUUAAGGGCAUCAUGGCAAUCUAUGGCCUUCUAUGUCUCCUCUACCUUGGUGUCUUGACUGUUACUAUUAGCACCUGUGUUCCAACAAUGGCAGCAGCUCUUACUCCUACAACACUUGUUAACCAUACUUCUCUAAAACGUAGCAGUUUUCCCAAAGGUUUCAUUUUUGGUACUGGCUCGGCCUCCUACAAGUAUGAAGGUGCUGCAAAUGAAGGUGGAAGAGGACAAAGUGGUUGGGAUAAAUAUACUCAUGAACAUCCAGAAAAUAUAUUGGAUGGAAGCAAUGGAGAUGUAGCUGUUGAUCAGUACCAUCGUUAUAAGGAAGAUGUCGCAAUCAUGAAGUAUAUGAAUACAGAUGCAUACAGAUUCUCCAUCUCUUGGCCAAGAAUAUUGCCAAAAGGAAAAGUAAGUGCGGGUAUAAAUCAAGAAGGAAUCAAAUAUUACAACAAUCUGAUCAAUGAGCUACUUGAUAAUGGUCUGGUACCAUUUGUGACCCUUUUUCACUGGGAUCUUCCCCAAGCCCUACAAGACGAGUACAGUGGCUUCUUAAGCCCUUAUAUUAUAAAUGAUUUUCAGGACUAUGCCGAGCUAUGCUUCAAGGAAUUUGGAGACCGAGUGAAGCAUUGGAUUACCUUCAAUGACCCACAUGUUUACAGUUUGGGUUCAGAACCAUACAUGGCCACACACAACCAACUCCUUGCUCAUGCAGCUGCUGUCAAAAUUUAUAGAACCAAUCACCAGUCUUCUCAAAAUGGUUCAAUAGGCAUCAGCUUAAGCUCUCACUGGUUUCUGCCGUUCUCAAAUCACACAUUAGAUCAUCAAGCUGCCGAACGUGCUCUUGAUUACAUGUUUGGAUGGUUUAUGCAGCCAUUGACCACAGGAGAGUAUCCAUUAAGCAUGGUGUCUUUUGCGGGAAAUCGUUUACCAAAGUUCACCAAAGAGCAAUCUAAGAUGCUUAUUGGCUCAUUUGAUUUUAUUGGAAUCAAUUACUACACCUCCAAAUAUGCUGCCAAUAUACCACAAUCAAAUAGCGACACAAGUGAUCCAAGCUAUCUCAAGGAUACUCAUGUCAAAUUUACAACCGAGCGUAACGGGAUACCAAUUGGACCAAUGGCUGCUUCACCUUGGCUAUUUGUUUAUCCAAGGGGGAUUCAGGAACUACUGUUGCACACAAAGACAAAGUAUAAUAAUCCAUUGAUUUACAUAACAGAAAAUGGUAUGGACGAGCUCAAUGAUCCAACACUAUCACUUGAAGAAGCGCUAAUGGAUACUUACAGAAUUGAUUACUUUUAUCGCCAUCUUUAUUAUGUUUCAUCUGCAAUCAAGCAUGGUGUGAAAGUACAAGGAUAUUUUGCAUGGUCACUUUUGGACAACUUUGAAUGGCUGGCUGGAUACACUAGACGUUUUGGAAUGAACUAUGUUAAUUACAAUGAUAAUCUUAAAAGACACCAAAAGCUCUCUGCCCAUUGGUUUAGGAACUUUCUUAAGAAACACUAGUGUUACAACUUGAUGUAUGUCAUGAUAAUCCCCAAUAAUAUGAUAUGAACUUGGUCAUUAAUCAAGAACUACUUUAAUUUU